GUCGCCCUGUAAACUUGAUAAAAAAUAUUUUACGUAAUUUAAUGGCGGUUAAAGUUUCGCGGCAUUGCUACAAUAUAUUAAGUAGGAGAUACGCAAGUGUGUUGCCAAAAUGCGACUUCAUUCCGAACAAGUACGAUGGACCAUCAUUCGCAGAAACGAACAGGAUAAAGUCCGAGAACUUGCCACCAGUGAUGUUCAACGUGUUCAAGCGGCCAGUGGUCGUGCACCAGGGACACAUGCAAUGGUUGUUCGACCAUGAAGGCCGGCGGUAUCUCGACCUGUUUGGUGGCAUCGUCACUGUUUCUGUAGGGCAUUGUCAUCCGAAAGUGACAGCAGCUCUGCAUAAACAAAUUGAUACUCUCUGGCACACUACAAAUAUAUACAGACAUCCACAGAUAUAUGAAUACGUUGAGAAAUUAACGGCCAAAUUUCCAGGAGACUUAAAGGUGGUGUACCUAGUUAACAGUGGUACAGAAGCAAACGACCUGGCCAUACUCUUAGCGAAAUCGUAUACCGGAAACCAUGACGUCAUUUCCUUGCAAAGUAGUUACCACGGCUACUCCAGUGUCAUGAUAGGUCUAACGGCCCAGCAGUUGUAUCGGACACCGUUACCAGUACCUGCUGGAAUUCAUCAUACAAUGCUACCAGACCCCUACAGAGGUAUUUGGGGUGGCUGCAGAGACUCAAUCUCACAAGUGCCUGGCUCGUGUUCUUGCGAUGGCGACUGUGACACUUCUGACAAAUACGUUCACCAACUUAAAGAGCUUUUAGAGAAUUCUAUGCCAGCUGGUAGAGUGGCGGCAUUCUUCGCGGAGUCGAUACAAGGAGUGAACGGGGGCGUGCAGUUUACGAAAGGAUAUAUAAAAAAGGCCAGAGAACUAAUACGAACAUAUGGUGGACUUUACGUCGCUGAUGAGGUACAAACAGGUUUCGGUCGUACCGGCGAUGCAUUUUGGGGUUUCGAAAGCCAUGGGGUUGUGCCGGAUAUAGUUACAUUGGCGAAAGGGAUUGGUAACGGCUUCCCGCUUGCAGCGGUGGUCACCACCAAGGAAAUAGCCCAAGCGCAUGCUAAAGCCACGUAUUUUAAUACAUUUGGAGGAAACCCGAUGGCUUCAGCAGUGGGAAAAGCGGUUCUAGAAGUAAUAGACGAGGAGAAUCUACAACAAAACUGCAAGGAAACCGGCAAAUACUUUAUAGAACAGCUAAUGGCAUUGCAAAAGGUUUAUCCCGUAAUCGGAGAUGUGCGUGGGAAAGGAUUGAUGCUGGCCAUAGAAAUGGUAGAGCCGGGGACAAAAGAUCCAUUAAACAAACCCGACUUUGCCAACAUUCUUGAGAUGAUAAAGGAUUCCGGUGUUCUUAUUGGUACAGGCGGACGGUGGGGCAACGUUCUCAGAAUAAAACCACCGAUGUGCAUCAAUAAGGACGACUUUACUUCGAAAGUUGUAAAAUGUGAAGAAACAAAGGAACCAAUUGUGGAGUAUGGAAAGGUAUUAACUUUCCAAGGUUACCAAGUGACGUUGGAGAAUACUAUCCUCUUCCCUGCGGGGGGUGGCCAGCCGCAUGACAUUGGUUGGUUGAACAACACAGAGGUGCUCCAAGUGUUACGUAAAGGUGAUGAAGCUCUUCAUUUCACCCGAGAACCUCUGGAUGUGGGCACAGAAGUUGCCCAGAAGAUAGACUGGGCAAGACGGUUCGAUCAUAUGCAGCAGCAUUCAGGUCAACAUUUACUGUCAGCGAUUAUUGAGAAAGAGCAUAAUUUGCCCACGACUAGUUGGUGGUUGGGUGCUGAAGAGUCUUAUAUUGAACUCGACUCAACCAGCAUCAAGGGGGAUUCUAUAAAAUUAGUUGAAGAGCGCUGCAAUGAACUAAUACGUAUGGCUAUACCCGUCACCGUGAAGUUCUGCAAGGCUAAUGAUCCAGAUUUAGACGAGGCACACACUCGGGGCCUCCCCAAAGACUGCAUGGACACAAUACGCAUUAUACGGAUCGGCGAAAUUGACGAGAAUAUGUGUUGCGGCACACACGUGACUAAUUUGAGUCAACUCCAAACAAUAAAGUUAAUCGGAGUGGAGCCUGGGAAAAAAGGCAAGACCAACUUAAAAUUCCUAGUGGGCAAUCGAGUCACAGGCACCUUACGACGAAUGUUACAGCGGGAGAAGGCCCUAGUCGCGCUUUUGAAAAACGAACCGUCCAAACACGAGGAGCUGGUCUCAAAGUUGCAGAAAAACUUAAAAACUGCAAACAAAAACCUCCAAAACGUGCUAUUGGAAUUGGCAGAGCAUGCAAUAAAUAAAGUGAAAUCCGCCAGUCCUAAACCAAAAUACGUGUUCAUAUAUAAGAAAGAAGCCACCCCUGAAUUCAAUAGAGCAAUCUGUAAGGGGCUGGAGAAUGAAGGACUGUUUAUGUGUCUUGUAUCUGAGGAGCCAGACAAACCUAAAGAAGGGCAGAUAAUAAUACAAGGGCCAGAAAUUCAUUGUAAUGCAUUGGGACAGCAAAUAACUGAACUGCUUAAAGGCAAAGGUGCAUUCCAGAACGGCAAAUUUCAAGGCAAAGCCGGCGAUUUGGGCGGUGUAAAUAAAUGCAAGAAGUUAAUAGAAGAUUACUUUAGUAAUACACAAUAAAAAGUACACAAUAUAAUGUAACAUAAUA